CGACAGCCUUAAAGCGUCUGGAUUGCCUCGUGAGACUUCCAGCAUUUAUCCAAAUGCCGCCGAUCAGCUGGGGAGGGCCCCUGUCUCCUCCCGAGGAGCAUGCAACAAGCCAGGCUAGUUCUGCAGCGCACGUGGGACCUGACCAGUCCACUCCAGCGGCAUCUGCAAUGGAUUCAGAGGCAGACCCCAUCUUCAUUGAACCGGUGGUCACUCAGCACCAUGUUCCAUGUCCAGCAUUGUUCCUCAAUGCAGUUAAGAAACAAUGGGCUUCCCCAGGUACCUUCCCUCUUCCAGGUGGGAACGAUAAGAAGUUGUUUAGUAUGGCCUCAGAAUUAGAUGAGGCACUGAACAUUCCCACGGUGGAUGAGCCCCUGUCUCACCUUUUCUCCCCUUUCACUAUUUCUGGGAAUAUGGCAGAGGCCUUAAAAUCUGAGGAACGCAGAUUGGAAAUGACAUUUAGAAGGUCACACCAGGCGGCGGCGUGGUCUAUCAGGGCUUCCACUUCAGCCUCCUUCUUCACUAGAUCCACCCUUAUCUGGCUUUGUCAGCUCCAAGCUAGGAUUCCCCCGGACGAUGUCCGCACACAUCAGGACCUGAGCAAGUUAGUGGCCGUGAUGGAAUACGCUUCCGAUGCAACUCUACACACUGCAUGGUUUUCUUCCAGAUCCUUGGCGUUCAAUGUGACAGCCCGCUGCAUGCUAUGGCUAAGACACUGGCAGACAGACACCAAGUCUAAGUGGCGUCUGGCAGCAGCUCCAUACCAAGGUAGCAAAUUAUUUGGGGAUGCCUUAGCCCCAUUUCUGACUGAGAAUAAGGACAAAAUGAAGAUUCACCUUACUAAGCAGUCCAAUAGGCGGACUACUCCUUAUAACUGUAGACAAUUCUUUUGGUCUGCCACUCCUCCUCCAACCACACAACAUUCUCGGCCCUUCACUCCCAGACAGGACCGUCCGGUUGACAGACCGGCCCCAAGACCCAGGCAGCAGUUUCAGUCCAAAUGGCCUUUUGAGGCGGGGGACGUCCCUUUCGCAGGAAGUGACUCCCCAGUGGAUCCUCCCAUAGGGGGAAGGCUUUCCCUCUUUGUCACUCAAUGGGAGGUCACCACCACAGACAUCUGGCCUAUCUCUGGAAUUCAUUUCCGGUCCACCAAGAUGGUUUAUUUCUUUCCCUCAAUCAAAAAGGUCUCUAAGGAAAGGUCUCAUGCAGGAGGCCAUACAUCACUUAUUGGACAUAAAGGCCAUAGAACCAGUACCUCCGGUUCAACGAGGUCACAGAUUCUACUCCAUUCUCUUUGUGCUCCCCAAGAUCUCGGGAGGUUGGAGAGCAAUCUUAGACCUAAAACGCCUGAAUCUUUAUCUGGCAUACCGAAGGUUCAAAAUGCAAACACUUCAGUCCAUCCUAGGCAGCAUCCGAAAGGGGGACUUUCUCACAUCCGUGGACCUCACCGAGGCAUACCUACACAUCCCCAUCAUCCCCGGCCACUGCCGGUUUCUCAGGUUCGGUUACAUGGGGCAUCAUUAUCCAUACAGGGCACUUCCAUUCGGGCUGUCAUCGGCCCCAAGGGUGUUUUCCAAGGUUCUGGCGGUUCUUGCUGCAUACCUGUCGUGCAAUGUGCCAUGCUACCUGGACGACAUCUUAAUACAGUUGUCCUCUCUCCGGGGGGCUCAGGGAGACCUGAGACUGGUGAUUGAGGUCCUACAGAGUCAUGGAUUUUCAGUUAACUUCAAGAAAAGUCAGACAGUCCCAUCAACAAGAUUGCUCCACUUAGGCACCAUAAUAGACACAAUAGAAUGUCGGGUUUAUCUGUCCCAGGAAUACAGGACAGUAUACCGGACCUGAUUCUCAAGGUCUGCAGGGACAGGACUCUGUCACCCUCCGGUCUUUCCUGGCUUCUGGGAAAGAUGAUAUCAUGUAUCUCGAUCGUUCCCUGGGCCAGGUUACACUCACGGUCCCUCCAGUGGUUUCUUCUUCCCUAUCAGAAGCAGGGGACCAGCACUUCCACCCGAGAGGUAAGGAUCCCAUCACAGGUUCUACGUUCACUCAGAUGGUGGAUCUCUCCCACCAUGACCAGAGGGUCUCUUUUCAAGGAGCCUGGUCGGCUCACAAUCACGAUGGACGCCAGCCUAUUCGGUCGCAGUGGGCCCAGGGACGGUGGUCUCGGUCAGACCUGAGGCACAAUAUCAAUUGGCUAGAACUCAGGGCCAUACAUCUAGCCCUUCACCACUUCCGCCACAGCAUUGCGAAACAACACAUGCUCGUCCUCACGGACAAUGUGGCGGCAAAGGCCCAUGUGAACCGGCGGGGGGCACCCGAUCCUGUGCUCUCCUGACCAAGACCCAGCAACUGGGUCCUGGGCAGAGACCAACCUCACCUCGAUCAGUGUGGACCAUAGCUUGGGAGAGGCAAACAAAAGGGCAGACUUCCUGAGCAGGUCAACCGUGGACCACUCGGAAUGGCGUCUGCACCCGAAUUUAUUCAGGGAAAUCACCCACAGAUUCGGUCUUCCCAUCAUAGAUCUGUUUGCCUCCCAGGCAAACACGCAAC